UAUUUUGCAGCCUACUACUAUGGCGUGCUUCCUUUCACGUUAGUAUGAACUGUAGACGUAGAAAUGCCGCCAGUCACUAAUGUUAAAAAGAUAAAUUGAAAACAAUAAGCACGUUUUACAGGGUUAAGAAGAAUACAAAUUAUCCUAACAAAUAAAUAAACAGCAAACAAAGCAGCACAACAGAACAAACGGCUAAAUCUGCUAAAAGUAGCCCGAGCGCUCGCGUUGAGUUUCCAUAGAAGCCACGGUCACGUGACUUUGUUGCUCUAGACAACGAUGACAAAUUGAGCGCGCGUCAGAAUGUUAGUUAGCUAGCAAAGUUUGCUAAUUAAUUAGUCAAAAUUUAGAGCGCCACUGGCAAAUUAGCUUUGACUUGGGAUUUUUUUUUAUUUGUUUAUAAAGAAUGGCUGACAGAAUUCGUAAAGGAGACGAGCUGGGACGUAUUCUAGUGCAGGUGCAGAAUGAUUUAACUGAGCUGAGGAAGAGGCUGGGUCGGACAGAGCAGGACGGGACUUUGGAUGUUCAGGCUGUUGAUGCGGCGAUACGCAGGACAGAGGACGGCAUCAAGAGUCGUGCAGAGGAAUAUCUAAAGAUGGCAAAUAAACAAGUACUGACACUUCCCAUUAUUGAACAUGUUGAGAAGAAAACUGCGAAGAUUGCCAAAUGGCAGCCACCCACUGAGUCCAUCCCAUACAUUCCUCCUCAGAAAUAUCGGACUGCUGGAGCAUCUCCUGGAGAGAAGCACAAGGCAGCUUUUACAUUGCGUGUUCUAUACAACCCUGACCACCCAAAACACAGAGACCUGAUGCACCAGAACUAUGGCAUUCAACUUCCUGAUUUGCACAAGAAACCUGGGCCUACUGUGGGAACCCAGAAGGCCAUGAGCUCUACAGUAGCUGUUGUACCGAUAGACCAGAAGAGAAACCUUCUCCCUGCAUCUCCUCUCUGUGAGGAGGACAACAGAGCAGGACUUUCCAGUCGCUUAGAGAAAAGUCUACCACCCUCAGCAGCUGAUCUCCGUUUGGUGAAAAAUCUUUUAAUACCCCAGUGCCGAAGAGAGGACAGCAGCCCCAAUAAAAUGGGAAAACAGUGGAGGGACAGGAGACAAAGUAAGGAUGUCACCAUAGCUUCCAAAACCGUUGCUGAAUGCCCAUCCAUGAAUGCCACACUGACUCCGCCUCCCACUGCUGCCUCUGAUAGCAGACUCCCUCCCCACAGCCCAGCACGACUCAUGCCACUCAACUCUCUGUGUGCUCCAGCAUUACCACCAACUCCCAGUAGCCAACAUUUCUUCAGUAUAGUGGAGGGUCGAAUUGAUCCAAGUGCAUCCGACUUCUGCGCUUUUAAGGAGCGCUACUGCCUAAGUUGGAGCACUUUGCUAGAGGCGCUGUGGCAGCUGGAGCGGCUGCUGUGCCAGUUUGCUGUGCCUCAUGCAUUGGUGUGUGGCGAUCGACUUGUGGCCCUGGCGCAGAGCGGAGAGCUACAGGGGGGCAGGCAUGAGUGCCUCCUCUCUGCUCUGGAGAACAGAGAGGAGGUUCUGGAGCUGAUGAAGCAGCCUGGGCAGCGCUACAAGGGUGAGGGUGGCCGCUGGGUGGCUGCUGUGCGCAUUCAGGCCUGCUGGCGGUGCUAUCGCACUCGCACUGCCUACUUGCACCAGCAGAGACGCAGGUGGGCGGCCAGAACCAUCGCCAUUUCCUGGCUGCUGCACGCCCAACUGAGCCGUGUGAGGAAGAGCCUGCAGGCCACCCGCCUCCUCCACCUGGAGAAUUACCACAGCAGAGCAAAGCAUUUGGCUGCCAACUGGAGCCACUUCAUCACUUCCAAGAGGACCAUUAUCCACGUCCCCACAUUAGGAUACUCUCAGCAACAGCGCCACAGCCUGAGAAGGUUUGACAUACUGCAGAACACUCAGAUGGGUCGGCUGUGUGACAUUAGAGAUAAGAACGUGGAGGUUAUCUAUGUGUGUCCUGUGCAUCUGGGAGAGGACUUGAUCCACUACUACACUCAUCUGCUGGGCCUGAAUGGAGCUGUAGAGACAGGGAUGCCCACACCUUCCCGCUGUGCCAAAAAUUUCACCAUCCUCACACCUGAGGCACAUCAGCACUUUUCAAGUCACUGCAUGUGUGUGUCCACACUGCUGAAGUACAGCCCACACACACUGCGCCGUAUUAAGAACCUGAUCCAGGGGAAGCAGGCCUAUUUAGUCAGUGGUGUUCCCCACAUGGAUGAUCUGGCUGUGGCUGAUGAGUUAGGAGUGCCAGUCCUAGGCCCGGAGCCUGCCGUGGCGCGGCUCUAUGGCACAAAGUCUGGAAUCAGGAGGAUCUUCAGCAGCAGUGGGGUUAGCAUGCCCCCAGGACUAGCUGACAUAUACACACUGCAGCAGCUGAAUGAGUGUUUUGCCCAGCUGAUGACAGAUCAUUUAGAGGUACAGCGUUGGCUGUUUAAGAUGGAUGACGAGUUCGGUGGCCGUGGCACAGCCUACUGUGAUGUCUGUCAUGUGAGCUCCCGGCCCUGGGCUCUGCAGGAGUAUCAUCAUCAUGGAGCACAGAUCUGGAGGAUGGCUUGGGCUCAGGAACGAGUGCUAAGAAAGUUUCUGGAGGCGGUACCUGCUCUGUUGGCUGCUCAUGCCAAGCCUUUUGACACAUCCUGCUAUCCAACCUGGAGCUGCUUCCUGGAGCACUUUCUCAGAAAAGGUGGCGUGAUUGAGGCGUACCCUCCUUCAGAUAGUGUGACCGGUGUGACAGUGGAUCUGCUGGUGGAGCCAGACGGAGGAGUACGCAUGCUCUCGUGUGGAGAUCAGCUGCGCGGGCCUGGAUUUCUGCAGGUAUCAGGCUGCACUGUACCACAGAGUUCCGUUUCCCCCGAUGUCCUGUACUCCAUCUGCAUGCGGAUAGGCAAAGCCUGUCAGGAGCGGCACAUCCUGGGCCAUCUUUCCCUGGACCUGGUCACCUUCCUGGAGCCUGGCACGCUGGAACAGCAGGUGUGGGCUGUUGAUCUGGAUCUGGGCUACAGUAACCAGCUGGCUAUGACCCAGAUCAUGCUCCACAUGACAGGAGGAACACUGAACUGCCAUGCAGGUCGUCUGGAGGUUCCUUCUCCAGUCCGAAACAGCAAGCCCUCUGCACGCCAGAAAGCUCCAACAGCUAAUGCUCCCGCACCAGCAACAAGUCAUUUUGCAGUGAUGAGCAGCCGGCUCUUUCAUACCAACCUCUCUAUGGUCCACUACAGUGUGUUCUUCCAGAUGUGCAAGGCACACGGCAUCGGAUUUGACAUCAAGGAAAGGGAAGGCUCUGUGUUUACGCUCCAUGACAGUGCAGAAAGGAGCAGCCUUGGCAUGGCAACAAUCUCACCAGAUCUCCAGGGAGCGCUGCUGACCUUUGCUCGCAACCUCACUGUCAUUCAUCAAGAAAUAUCAGCCCCGAAUAUGCAAGGAGAGACCAAUUUUAAGGACCUGAUUAAGACUAUCAAGGAGAUGCUGGAUGUAAUCACCCAGAACACUAACAAGGAGCACAAAGAAAAGGAAAAAGGAGCAGAUGUUUAACUUUUCCUCAUACCGGUUAAGCUCUACAUAUUUACUGCACAUCUGCACAUACUACUCCUAGUUAUGAUGCCAUACAAAUUCAUAUAUAUCCCCCUAUUUCCAUGAAAUACAAAUACAGUAUGAAUAAUAUGAAGAUAAAAUGGCAAAGAGAUCACAUUUUAGUGAAUUGCUAUGUAAUCUGAAUGAAAUACCAAAUGCUGCCGUUGGCAAUGAAUGGCAGUGUUUAGUAAGAAUAUAACCAUCAUGUUUCCUUUUA